AUGGUUCUCAAAGGUCUUCAUCGAUAUCAAGAAGCUGUUAAACAUGUACUUCGUGCUAUUAAUAUUGCACAACACAAUUCUGAAUCAGACCAGCCUUUGGUGCAAAAGUAUCAACAGUAUCUCGAUGAAAUUUUGCUUAUACCGGAAUGUAGCGAUCUUGCAAAGACUAAAAACAGCAGCGGGUGGACCUAUCCAUGUCUCCUCGUUCUUCAAGCAGCGCACCAAUCUCGUUUACAUUCAAUAUUGUACGACUUAACUGCUGGUCAUCUUACACCACCUUGUCUGCAUCAUGAGUGGUUUACUAUGAUAAAAGCAAACGAACAAGUCAAGAGUAUCGUGUUUGAGAUUCCCACCAACUUUGUCAAUGAACGAGAUCGUCUACUCAAAGAUUUUUCGUCUAUCGAUCAAGUUGAAUCGAUUUAUUUGUUGGGAAAACAGCUAGAAACAAAAGAAGAACGGUCCGAUUUCUCGAGAAGUUUCUGCAAAGUGGCUAUCUUUUGCCAGGAUGCGGAAGAACUAGCUGUGCGUUGGGCAUUGGACACAGCUAACCAAUUUCGAAGGUUGGGUGGUCAGUGUGCAGAUGCAGGCAAUAUUGAUUUGGCUCGCCAGUAUUUUCAACGAGGCAAAGAUCUUUAUAAGGGUCUUGCUAAAAUUAUUGAUAAAACAAAAUAA